UAAGAGCCCAAGCCAACCCAACCCCAAAUUAAACGGGCUGGUUUUAUGACAAGGGCAAAAAGAAAAUAGGGGGGCGGGGGCAAAAACACUGUAGGAACCUCCACCUCCCUCUUCUCUCUCACACUCUGGACACUCUUCAGGCCAAAAGAAGAGAGGGGGUGGAGACAAAGAUGGCAUCAGAGGAGCACGUGAGGGCGUCUCACAUCCUGAUAAAGCACGAGGGGUCGCGGCGGAAGGCCUCCUGGAAGGACCCCGACGGACGCAUCAUCUCCGCCACCACCAGGGACGCCGCUGUCCGCCAGCUCCGCGGCCACCGCGAGGACAUUCUCGCUGGCAAGGUCCGCUUCGAGGACGUCGCUGCCCGCCAUUCUGACUGCAGCUCGGCCAAGCGCGGCGGCGAUCUAGGUCGUUUUGGAAGGGGACAAAUGCAAAAACCCUUUGAAGAAGCUACCUUUGCCCUCAAAGUGGGUGAGAUGAGCGACAUUGUGGACACUGACAGUGGCGUGCAUAUCAUCCUGCGAACUGGUUGAUGGCCAAUUAGCCGGCCUUAAGCUUGGGCUCGGCCUUCCCUCACUAUUUGCAAGCUGAUGCCUUCUGAUCUCUUCUUUCACGGAUUGGGGCUUGGAUAUUAUUUUAGUGCUGCAAAAUCCUUGAAACCUUUUUCAUAUAAGCAUGAUCCAUGCAGACUGUGUGCGCUAAGCGGUCGGUUACAAGAUUGAUGCAAAAUCGUGCGAUGGCCACAGAUAAAAUUUCUAAAAAUGUAUAUCUACUGGGAGGGCAAUCGACAUAUAAAUUUCUUGCGUGGUAAAGGUGAUAAAUGUAUCGAACCUAUCUCUUUCUUGUAUGAUUCUCUUAAAUCGUUAUUUUUUUUCCGCUG